AUGGUGAAACAGAAGAUGGAAAGCAUUUAUGGUAAUCUGGGUGACUUGGAUAUUAUAGAAAACCAGUCUUUUCAAGCUAACACAACCAGUGGCCAGUCUUUUGGAAUUACUGCAGGAGAGAAGAUUCCAUCUUGCUCUGGAGUCAUCAGCCUUCAGAAGUCAAAGACUAUGGCUAAUAUCACUUGGAGUGGAUUUCUUCUCCUUGGUUUUUCUGUCAAACCUGAGUUAGAAAUAGUAUAUGCUUCUCUGUUCUUAGGCUUAUACAUGUUGUCUUUAACUGGUAACAUCCUCAUCAUCACCACAACUACCAUCGAUGAAAGUCUAAGCUCCCCCAUGUACUACUUCCUGAAGCAUCUUUCCUUUUUGGAUCUCUGUUAUAUUUCUGUGACGGUCCCAAAGUUCAUUUACAACUCUUACAUGCAGAGCGGCAUAAUUUCCAUCUGGGAAUGCAUAUUACAGUGUUUUGCUUUCAUUGCUUGUAGUUGUACUGAGCUGGUAAUGCUCACAGUGAUGUCCUAUGAUCGCUAUGUGGCCAUCUGCCUUCCAUUGCACUAUGACAUCAUCAUGAAUGUCAAAACCUGUUUCCAAGGAGUCAUUGGCGUCUGGGUCAGUGGGGUCAUCAUUGGAGUCAUGCACACAACAGCGACUUUUUCCAUCUGCUUCUGUGCCCCCCGGAUCAUCCACCAGUUCUUCUGCGACAUCCCCCAGAUUCUGAAGCUCUCCUGCUCCAAUGACUAUCUUGCUGAGGUUGGUGUGUUUGUCUUCACAGCUUUUCUGUCAUUGUUUUGUUUCAUGUUUAUUGGAUUUUCCUACUUGCAUAUAUUUUCUUCUGUUCUGAGGAUGUCAUCAGCGGAGGGCAGAUCCAAGACCUUUUCCACAUGCCUCCCCCACCUCACUGUUGUCAUAGUAUUUCUUUCUACAGGUGCCUUUGAAUAUUUUAAGCCUCAUUCUGAUUCUCCAACUGCUUUGGACAUUUUUCUCACCAUUAUGUAUACAGUUGUUCCCCCAACACUCAAUCCAAUGAUCUAUAGUCUGAGAAAUAAAGCCAUCAAGUCAGCUGUAAGAAAGGUAUUAUUGUCA